ACUGAUAAAUUAGAAGAUGAAAAACCAAAAAUCAUUUCUAAAAAAAUUGAAUCACCUAGUCCUAAAAAAAAAUUAGCUGAUUUUAAUAAAAAAAAUGAUGAGAUUGCUAAAAAUCAAGCUCUUCUUGCUGCUAAAUUAAAUUCAAGUUCAGAAAAAGGCAAAAUAGAUACUGAGAAUGAUGAUGAUGAUGAAGAAGACGAUGUUGAUGGUGAAGAAAAAAAUUCAUCUAAUGAUUCUGAUGUAGAGUUGGAAGAAGAAAAGCAUCAUACAUCAAAUUUAAAAGUUGAUGAAGUUGAUCAAGUUGAUGAAGAUGAUGAUUAUGAGAAUGAAGAGGAAGAUGAAGAAGAAGAUGAUAAAAAAAGAUCUCCAAUUAAAAAUCAGCCAAAUAAGCCAGCUAAAAAAGAUAUGCUUUCAAGUGAUGAUGAUGAUGAGCCACAAAUACCUAAAAAAUCACCAGCAAAAACUCCAAAAAUUAUAAAAACAACUACAGAUAAUAUUUCUUCAUCCAAAAAAAGUGAUAAUAAAAUUAAAGUAACUAAAAAAACACCAAAAAGUUCAUCAGUAUUAACAAAAGAAGAAAAAAUUAAUGAGAAUGGUAAAGAUAAUGAUGAUGAUGAUAUAGUUCAACAAGAUAUGGAAAAAAUUAAAAAGAAGUUAUUUAAAAAACAAAAAAGUCAAGAAGUGACAAAAACAUUUGUUGAUAAAUCCACUCAAACAAUUGAGUCAUCAUUGAAAUCUAAAAAAUCAACCAAAAACAAUGCUGAUGGUGAUAAUACAAGUGUUGUUAAAACAGCACAAGCUAAGAAAACAAACAUCAAAAAAAAUAACACUGAUGAAGUAGUAGAAGAUGAAAAAAAAAAUGUUGUUAGUGAUGAGGAGAUAGAAAAACUAAAAAAUAUGAAAAUUAAAUUAGUACACGAACCACCAAGUCAGCAUCUUAUAGAAAAUAAUCCUGCUAAUCAUCAAUCAUCACCAGUUGAACGUGAAGAAUUUGAGAAAUUUAUUAAAAUUAAAAAAGGCUUUUACAACAAUGAAGAAGAUCAUUUGAUAACAAAAAAUUGGAAUGAAUUUUGUAUACUUCAUGACUGGGACAAAAAAAAUGUGGAGCCAUUUAUAAAUCUCCGCCAUGGUAAAAAAUAUUAUAUCCCAGAUGCUGGUGAGAGAAAAAAUUUCUUUAGGUUUUUGGGAAAUGGUCUAGAUAACAGGCCACUUAGCAGUAUAUUUACUCGUUUUUCAAACUUAUACAGCACCAAAAAAACUCAAAGAUUUACUAUUAUUGAAGAUGAUUAUAUUACUAAAUAUUUGUUGGAUCAUAAAGAUGAUAAUAAGCAACAAAUAUUUGCACAUCUUACAGCAAAAUUAAAUCGUCCAAGGGAUGCAAUUGCACGUCGUAUUAGAAUGCUUCAAGCUCGUGGUAAUAAGCCAAAAACAAAUGAAAAAAAAAAUACAUCAAGUGCCAUAAAAGAUGAUGUUAAAAAAUCAUCAGAUGAACAAAUUGAAUCACCUAAAGAACAACAUGAAUCAUCAGAAGAACAACAUGAAUCAUCAGAAGAAGAACAACAUCAAUCAUCAGAAGAACAAAAUCAAUCAUCAGAAGAACAACAUCAAUCAUCAGACGAACAACAUGAAUCAUCAGAAGAAGAACAAAAAUCAUCAUCAGAAGACGAAAAUGAUUCAGAUUAAAAUAAAAAAAAAAAAAAGAUAAUGAAUAACUUAACAUUUU